AUGGCUCCCGCCGGCAAGCGAAAGCGCGGCGACCGCAGCUAUUCUUACGAUGAGGAGCACUCCGGCCGGCCAUCGCCGCACCGUCCCCAGAACCUCGCCAUGGCAAGUCCCCAACAGAACAACUCGCCCCGAGGCGGAAGACGGGGCAGUCGUGGGCGUGGCGGUUACAACAACAGCAGCGCACAUAACCAGAAUUUAGCGCAACAGUCUCCUACGGCCAUGGCACCGCCCGCAUAUACUCCCCAGGCAGCACCGAAGCCUGCGUCUGCUACACCUUCGCAAACGCCAGCGCCCCCGAAAGAGCCACCCUUCAAGCCAUCAGGACGCAAUGUCCCCGAAAGUAACGAGCACUUGACGCCCGAGCGGGUCGCGCGGUGGAACGCAGAAGCUCAUAAUGCCGUGGUUCAGGCUGCCGUCACAGCACAGCAGGCGGGCGACGGCUUCAAUCUCAACAUUGUCUUCUUCGAGAUCAUACACGCGGCCGGGGAGGGUCUUAUGUCUCCAGCUGAACUGGGAUCCGUUGUUCGCGAUAUCGUCACUUCCCCCACCGAUGACCUGAUCGACCCUGUUGUCUACUUCUUGGAUUGCAUAAGUUCAUACGCAGAGCUGGACCCUAAGCGCGAGGAUGUCAAAAAGACUCAGCCGAUACAGCACUUGUUGAUCGCGACGGAAAUAGACCCGAACCAGAUGCGUCGCCAGCUUGAAGAGAAGCUACUGGAGCAAACAGCACUGGUACGGCAGUCCUUCCAUGUGAAGGGAGUCCGGGCUACCACCAAAGCCAUGUACCAACAAGCGAACUACAACCUUUUACGGGAAGAGACUGAAGGUUAUUCUAAGCUCAUGACGGAAUACUUCACCACUGUCAACAGUGAGCCUCCACGUCACGACGUUGUUUCCGACACCUUCGAGCGAGUGAACGCCCUCAUCGGAACUUUUGACCUUGAUGUCGGCAGGGUACUCGACGUCACAUUGGAUGUUUUCGCGAAUCUCUUAGUGAAGCACUACCGAUUCUUCAUCAAAUACCUACGUGUCAGCACCUGGUGGCCAACGCAACUCGGUACCGAUAACGUCGAGUGGCAGGCAUCCGACGUGAAGACGUUACCCAAUUGGGCACUACCUACAUCGCCGAAUUGGUACUACACGGACGAAGAGAAGGAAGAACAGCUACGCCUUCGCGAAGCCCGGGAUGUAAAAUUUUGGCAGCGAGUGGCGGAACUUGGCGAGAGGAAUGCCAUCAAGGCAUUCUUCGAACUUGGCGCUCGUCCCAUUACACGGACGCUUCGCGAAGCGGACAAGUCGGACCCAAACGCUUCGAUCAUUGGUAAGAAGACCGCGACGCAGGAGUGGGUCGACCAAUGGAUAGCGGAUACUGGAACACUACCUCCGCUUGGGAACGAAGUCGCUGCUCAGCUUCUCGGUUUCAAGCUACAGUUCUAUGCUUCCAAUCUGCGUGAUCCUAGCGACGUCUUGCCAGACAAUCUGAUUUAUCUGGCGGCGUUGCUCAUCAAAAUCGGUUUCAUCUCCAUAACGGACCUGUGGGAACACCUAUACCCACAAGCCGCGGACUUAGAGAAGCUCCAGGUAAAGCUCAAAGCUGAGAAGGAAGAGAAAGAGGCCAAGCGGAAAGGGAAGACCGCGAAUGCCUUGACCAUGGCUGGAGCCCUUUCCGACGAUGCGCCUUCUGUACCCGCUGUAUCCCGACUUCGAGACGCCGAAAGCAAGCUAUCAUCGAAACCGGAGUCAGAGCGGAACACACCUGCUCAAAGUGAUGAAGAGCCUAAACCCGGUUUACCCGAACCCGUCGACCAGAAGGUGGCGCUGCUGCGAAGUCUUCUCUGCAUAGGUGCUAUUCCGGAGGCUCUGUUCAUCAUUGGACGUAAUAAGUGGAUGCUGGAAUUAUACCCUGACCUGCACUCGUACAUCUUCCGUCUUGCUCACCAUUCCCUCAGCAAAGUCUAUGAAUCGUCCCGGCCUGUUCCCCCUGGACAAGUACCUGUCUCUACCAAGGGUACCAUUUCGAACUCGACAACGCGCGCUAACGAUUACCUGCCGCGACGAACACUUCGAUGGGCGAAGCCUGAACUCAAGGAUGCCGGUGACGGCAUUGACUACCGGUUUUAUUGGGACGACUGGUCGGACAACGUGCCUGUCUGCCAAUCCGUGGACGAUGUCUUCCUAUUCUGUCAGUCUUUCCUUGGCUUGGUAGGGCCCGAAUGUGGGCGGGACGUUUUGCUUCUGACCAAACUUGCCCGGAUCGGAAGGAAAAGCAUUAUGGACGAUUCAUCCAACCAGAACAUGAAGCGGUGGUCGGACUUCCUCGCCACAUUCCUCGUUCCUGCUCUUACAUUUACUGGCGAGAAUCCUGGUGUCGUGAAUGAGAUGUGGGAGCUUCUCAAGCGUUUCGAUACGGCGACACGAUACACCAUCUAUCACCAGUGGGAGCAGUCCUUCAAACCUGUGAUGAAGGCGGCCUUCGCAGAGGUGAUAUAUAAGACCAACCAGAUAUUGAAUCGGGUUGCCAACACCAACACGAGGCAAAUGGGCAGAGCCAUAGCCAAGCUGGCUUGUGCUUGCCCUGUUAAGGUCUUCAAACAGACACUGGAGCGAGGGCAACAAUACCUGAACAUGAUCAAGGCUCUUGUUGAUUGUAGCCAUUAUCUCACCGAGCUAGGUUACGACUGUCUGACCUUCUCGCUUGUCAUCAACAUCACCGCGGGGAAUAGGCCGACGACUCAGAGCGAUGGGAUGCUAACAGAAGGUUGGUUGAAGAAUGCAGCAAGCUUCGUGGCUAAAGUCUACACGGCGUAUUCUAAACAUAUGGACCCCAAGCCUAUUCUGGAAUACAUCAGCACUCAACUACUCGACCGAGAGGGGGAGUUGUUUGUCAUGAAGGUUUUGGAGGAAUUAAUUACCUACAUGGGCGGUGUCAGCCUUCCUGGAGUAUUGAAAGAAGAGAGCGUCAUUGCACUCUCCGCCGGCCCUCGCUUGCGCAAAUUUACGCUCGAAAACCUAGACGAUGAGCGCUACAAAGCUAAGAUCCAGAGGCCUGCCGAGCGUCUCAUGAAUCAUUUCAGAGAAUCAGCUCUUGCGCCUCCCAUACUCAUUGCCCUUGCGGAUCAAGUACAAGCGUACCUCUACCGAGAGAAUCAGCGCAAGGUUCCUGACAAAGUCGUCUUGUUCAACUACGAUAACCUCAAGCUCAACUUUUUUCAAUUUCUCGAAUAUCUUCGUCAUCACCUCACCAUUGAAGAAUUCGACGAACAGAUUCCUGGCCUCGUCGAACUGAUGUCGGAGUAUUACUUGGACACGGAGUUUGCCUUUCAUAUUUCUCGUGACAGCAUAACCGCCAAGGCGAACGCCAUUAGGCUGCAGCCUAAAGAAGCCGUUGAGGCUAUCUCUGGUGGAGAUGCGAUCAUGGAGGACGCAACAAAGACGCGCAGCGAUUCUUCGAAGGAAAACACCCUUGUCGCCAAGAUCAAUACUGAUGAUGUCGAGAUGGGAGAUGCAGCGAGCUCUGAUACAAACAGUGGCGGGAAAGGUGACAAUCAAACAAUCACGCAUGAAGACUCGGUCACUGAUCCCAAGUCGAAUGUGGAGAUUGACACGCUGGUAUCGCAACUUCAAGCAGCUCUGCCAGAAAAGUUCGGAAAUCAUCCAUGCCCCACAUUCCUAGUCACGUUCUGGCAGCUUUCGUUGCAGCAUGUUCAAGAUCCUAAAGGUGACGUACUCAAGCAUCAAUAUCAGGAAGCUAAGGACCGUACUAUCAGAGACGCCACAGCGAACGAUGGUCGUCGCAAAGAUGUCGAAAAGAUUCGCGAGGCAAGGAAAGAGGCUGACUUGUACAUCGACGAGUUUGAAGACUUUGCCAAACAGUCUCGACUCAUUCAGUCUAGUCUGCAAGACGAGAUGCUUUUCUGGUUUCCUGACGUUCCGUCUAUGGAUCCGGGUCUACACAUGACGCUCCUGCAAGACUGCUUCCUUGCACGUGCUCGCAUGUCCUUGCAAGACGCUCAAUUCAGCGCGUCCAUGUUGUUCUUCAUGCACAAGUCUAAAGUACCGAAGUUCCGCUUGAUCAAGAUGCUAGAUGACCUUUUCAAUACUGGACGACUUUCUGCAAUGUUUUUUUCCAUGAGCGAGGACGAGUCAAAGAACAUCGGUCGCUUCAUGAACGAUAUUCUUCAAGAGCUGGGUCGUUGGCAUAGCAGCGAGCGCAUUUACAAACAGUUUGAAUGUGUGAAGGUCUUCAACGACGAAGGCCGGCCGAAAAAUCCUGACUCUUUCCUGAAGUAUUCGGAGUUCCGAUUGCUGCUAGGCAAGUGGCACAACAAGAUCCACGAUGCUCUGCACGGAUGCUUGCGACACGGAGAGCCGGGGGACAAGAGCCUCAAGACAACGGCACAGUACACUGAACUGCGGAACUCCAUCAACAUCCUGAAAGCUGUUGCUCCCUCGUUCCCUAGGAUGCGCGAAAACGCUACUUCACUCAAGGAACAGCUCAAGUACUACGAAGAUGAGAAGAAAGAAGAGAGGGCGGAUAUCCGGGUUGCAGCGAGCUCGAUACAAUUCGAGUUCCAGAAGAACGAAAAGCAACUUCGAAGCCACACCAUGUUUGUCACUGGCAAGGAAGAUCCAAAAGAGUCGACACCUGCUCGCGCUGCAACACCCGCCUCUGCGAAGACUGCUGAUCAGGAUGCUGGACUCAAGAAGCUCAGCGCUUCGGCCCAAACUUUCCAGCCGAAACCUUCAACUACUAAUGGGAUCGCCAGCUCUGCAACCGAGAAGAGUGGAUCCGAUGAACGUAAAACGCCUGCAGCAGCCUCCCACGCUGCUAGUUCACUACCACGUGUGAACGGGAACGACACUGCUCGACCUUCACGCGGAAAUGAACAACCGGCAUCCUCGCAGUAUCCAGGCAGAGACAACGUAAAGCGACUGGGCCCUGGCCCGGGCUCAACAUCCGCAAGCAACUCCCCUGUACCCCCUAGACCAGACAGCAGGGGCGGUUACCAAGCGCAACAGUCCGGCCGAGCUGCACACAAUUUACCGACAAGACCAGACACGCAGCCUCUCCGACCAAGACCGAACGAUCGUCCAAGUCAUCCUUCAGUGGAAUACAAUCAGAGCCAUGGACGCCACGACAUUCGGACUAACGGUCCAAGUGAUUAUGGACGUCUUGAGCGUCCAGGUGCUCAGCGAGGCCGCUCAGCAUCUCCUGGUCGACACUCGCGUCCAAGAUCACAAGAUAGGGGAGCGGUUGUUGGCGAGCGUCCGGACUGGGCUGGACGAGAAGCUCGUGAAUAUGACGAUCGUUCAUUACGGGUACCAUCGCGAGACGUCCGUGGUGGUCCGCCCGAUAGGAAUGCACAGUAUGGGGAUAGCGUUCGAGACCACCGGGACAGUCGCGAUCAGCGAGACUAUAGAGGGAGGGAGCCUCCGCGCGAGCGAACCGAUAGCCGAGGUCCUCCACUGUUGCCAACAACGCCAGCCGAUUCUCGAGGUCGUCUACACACUGGUUCUGGUCUGACACCGAACGAUGCACCCUCUAGUCGACGAGACACUCCUAGUCAUCACAGUGAGCGCGGACCCCUUCCGCCGCGGCCAACUGUCAACGCUGGCCCCCCAGCUCCAAGCAUCAAUCCAGCACGUGCAGCCCUGAUCGAGCAAGAAGUCGGGCUCGAACGAGGGCCACCUCCGCGAUCGGCCUACACGAAAGACGACCGUGUCAACCCCGAGCGUGCUGCACUCAUUCCGGAUGAUCGAAACAGGAACACUUCUGUGCGACCAGACCGCGAUAGUCGUGAUUCUCGAGUCCCUUUCGACAAAGAAGGAGACCGACAUGGACGCGAUGUUCGGAAUUCAUUCGCUGAAGCUGGAGAUCGCCAUGGACGCAACUCUCUUGACCCGUUUGCGAAAGAGGACCAAAGCAGAACCCCAGGUGGGAGGCCGGAGCGUGACGUCCGUCCUGAUGAACGCGACAUGCGUAGAGGUCCAACAUCAGAUCGACAUGAUGACCGCUCCACGGCUGCUUAUUACGGAAAUGACAACCGACAUAACCGUCCGGACUAUCGCGACGAGAGAUCCCAGCCUCAACCCUACCCUAGUUCUCGCGAUCGGCGUGAUGAGUUCUCUAGCAGCGCUCCCACCGGCCCACGUAGCGGGCGCGAAGGUCAAAGCUCUUCACACGUUUCCCGCGAGAUGUUCCAGCCCUCUCAGUCGUCUCGGCCUGUGGCUUCACGCCAGGAUCCAAGUUAUGGAAGGUUGAACCAACCAGCCGAAUCCAUUCCGUCAGGCCCACGCAGUAAGCCAGCCCAUCUUGAAGCUCACGUUCAGAUGCUAAACUUGCUAGACCCGUCAUCGGACAGCCGCGACGUGCGAUCACAUCCGUCGACAUCCAACCCAAACGCUGUACCAGUGGCCCCACAGACCGUAGGUGUCCACCCGAGUCGCAUGAGCAACUUUGAUGGCCCACGCGGUUCAGGCGGUCCCCUACCGGCGCCCCUACAGACAGACCUCUCAAACGCACCCAGUGGCCCUCGUGGCUCGGGACGGACACCUUUGCCCUCGCCAUCGACUCGUGUGCCACCUAGCGGUCCUGCUGGUCCCGAUCGCCACGUUCGCCGACAAGAUAGCCGCACUGCACUGGGAGCCAUCAAUAAUGUUCUCUUGCAGAGCGGGCAAUCUCAGGGCCCACCACCUGCUGCUCCUCCGCCGCCAGAGCGGUCGGGUGACCGAAGUCACCGAAGAAGUGAGAGGAGUAGAGAGGACGAGCGCAAAGGAGAUGAGCGCUCACGGGAGAAGAGGGAUAGCAGUCGGCGCGACCGAAGCGAACGUGAGCCUCGCGGCGAGCGGGACAGUUCGCAUCGCGAGAGGAGCGAUCGAGAUCGUCGAGGCGACGACCGCAGGAAGGAUGAUCGUGAGCGUAGUGAUCGCAAGGGAGAAAAGCGAUCGCGCGAGCCGACGGAUCAGCCUCAUGGAGAGACGAAACGCUCCCGACGUUGA